UUAUAAGCUUGGACGAUUUGGACUGCACUACUGUGUCGCGUGCAUAAUAGAGCGACCGCGCGAGCUUAUGAGCGUUACAUAAGCACAGAGAGCUUGUUUAUACUACCGCGAGCGUAGAGCGUUUUUCCCCAUAUUGUACUACCGUCGAGUUUCGAGAGUGGAGUUGGAAGGAAAGAGACGACGGAAAAUAUCAGCAGAGAAGCAGCGAAAAAAAAAACUCAACGCCACAUAGAGCUUUGCACGGAGCAGACGAAUUAUUAUAGCACACGCUAGUUUUACGUCUUUCCCCCCCUCUUCUAUACAUUUCGUUCGCGAGUCGCGCUCGUUCGUUCGCUAUACCGCAGCAGCAGCGAGCAAAGUCUAGCAGACAAGAACAGUUGAACGGUUAUUAUUAGGCCAUUGGAGACGGAGAGAGAGAGAGCCCCGCGCUCAAAACUCACACACGGGGCCAUCGUAUACGAGCGCGCGCGCGAGAUCGGUCGCGAUUCACAGCGAGUGCGAGAGAAGAAAGUAAAAAGUAGCCAAAAGUCAUCCUCCUUCGAGGACACUCCCUAUACAAAAGCAGAAUAUACAAGGCAGCGGUUCGAGCAUGAAAACCAUUUGGAUAAUCGGCGGUCCCGGAUGCGGCAAGGGCACCCAGUGCGAUCGCAUCGUCAAGAAGUACGGAUUCGUGCAUCUCAGCAGUGGCGAUCUGCUGCGCGAGGAGGUGGCCAGCGGCAGUCCUCGAGGCGCCGAGCUCCAGGAGCUCAUGUCCAAGGGCCUGUUCGUGCCGACUGACGUCGUGCUGUCGCUCAUCAAAGAGCGCAUCGACAAGGCCAAAGCCGAGGACCCGUGCUGCAAGGGCGUGCUCAUCGACGGCUAUCCGCGCGAGCUCGAGCAGGGCAUACAGUUCGAGAAGGACGUUUGUCCCGUGGACCUGAUCGUCUUUUUCGACGUGAGGAACGAGACGCUGAUCAGCCGCUUGUUGGGACGCGCCGCGGCUGCCGCUGUCAAGCGCGCCGACGACAACGAGGAAACUAUCAAGAAACGCAUCGAGAUCUUUAACGAGAAGAACGGAAAGAUCGUCGAUCAUUAUACCAAUAAGUGUCUCAGAAUUAACGCCGAAGGCGCCGUGGACGACAUUUUUGCGCAAGUGGUCGAGGCCAUCGACAAACUGCUCGCCUCGUAAAAUCGACGUUGGUUCUUGUAUGUUAUAUAUAGUGUAUAUGUUAAAAUGGGGACGGAUGCGCCAACUCACCGAAGAAGUACAAAAAGAAAAAAAGCAGAAAAAAUCUAAUUCAAUGUCACACAAAUUAAAGCAAAAGCACAAUAAUAAUAAAACACGCGUCUGCCUGACAGCUCUCGGAGAGUAGAGUGUGCAGUGGAUCGCAAAAGUCGA